AUGUGCAUUCUUCCACUUAACCCUGAUGAUAUGGUGCAUCGCGCCGUGGACAAGAUUUAUCACGCAAACUGUUUUUGCUGCUAUUAUUGCGGUCACAUUCUGCAACCUCGAGAAGAGUAUGUUGUACACGACGGACAGAUUGUGUGCCUCGGCGAUUUUGAACUCAUGAUGCAACACGCAUGCAACUCAGGUGAACACAGGAAAGCAGUGAAACGUCCGCGAACCAUACUUACCAGUCACCAGAGGAAAGCUUUCAAGGCCUCGUUUGAGAUAACUGCCAAGCCGUGCCGCAAAGCGAGGGAAGCUUUAGCCAAGGAGACUGGCCUUAGUGUCAGAGUUGUUCAAGUUUGGUUUCAGAACCAGCGCGCCAAAUUAAAGAAACUCCAUCGCAAACAGGAAAACGGUAAGACGAACGGAAGCCAAACGGCGGACGAAGAGAGCGAUACUAAGAAAACUCAGACAGAGAAAAGUAUCAGCAAAGAGUCCAGUCCUUACUCGACCAACGGUCACGAUACGGAUAACGAUGUGUUCUCGUGUUCCACAGUUAACGGUACGACAAUCGCGAUUGAUGCCUGUUUCUCGAACAUGAUCCUCAUAGAUACUUCCGGUGACGAACUGUCAAACCAUGCUCACAGCGGGAACGAAUCAGGAAGCAAGUCGCUGGUCGAACGUAGUGACGCUGACCUCUCGGAAUCGUCCAACCCAAUUGACAAACUUUAUCAUAUGCAGAACUCUUACUUUCGUUAUUAA